AUAUAAGUUGAUGUGAUGUGAGCACGGAGCCCCACUGCAGUGAGCAGAUUCUUUUCAGUGAAUCCUGUCGAGUCUUUGAGAUAUAACCUCAAGUUAAAGAUGGCAUUCGCUGGAAUUCUGAGUGACUCUGAUGUCACUGCAGCCCUUGCUGCUUGCCAAGCUGCCGACUCCUUCCGCUACAAAGAGUUCUUUGCCAAGGUCGGUCUGGCCGGCAAGUCCACCGACGACAUCAAGAAGGCUUUUGCUGUCAUUGACCAGGACCAGAGCAGCUUCAUCGAGGAGGAUGAACUCAAGCUUUUCCUGCAGAACUUCUCUGCUAGUGCCAGAACUUUGACUGACAAAGAGACCAAGGAGUUUCUCCUGGCCGGUGACACUGAUGGCGACGGCAAGAUCGGAGUUGAGGAGUUUUUAGUUUUGGUCAAGUGUUAAACAAACAAGCUGACCAACCUCUUACUUGACUACUCUUAAGGAACAACUUGAGCCCAGAUGCUCGCCUCUUCCCCUCUCUGACUUCAUCUCCAUUUUUUUUUAUAUUGGCCCCUUGACCUGUGAAGCCAAAUUGAGGCGCUUCACCUCCUGUUGGCGUCGUUGAUGUACGGUGACCUUUGCGGACUGUGAGAUCAGUGAUGGUGCAACUGUUGUGGUAAUCAGACGGACGAUGAGAAAACAAUAAAGGUGCUUUUUUUCAA